AUGUCUUCAAUACCAACUUCAAAGGAAGAACAGCAACCACCUACUCCUCAGGUAACUUUUCAAGGACGAAAACUACCUGAUCAUUUGAUAAAUUUCGCUUCACCUCCUGGCAAAGAACUCUUUAAACAAGCACUUAACGAAGGUUAUGCCGAGGGUUACUUUAACUUGUCUAGUUGUUUCUCACAUCAAAUGGAACCAGCUUACUGUGGUUUAAGUUCUUUAUCAAUAGUUCUUAAUGCUUUACAAGUUACAGGUGCUCCUGUCUGGAAAGGACCAUGGCGAUGGUGGUCAGAUGAACUUUUAAACUGUUGUGCGAAAAUCGAAGAAGUAAAAAAAUCCGGAAUUACUUUUGAUCAAUUUGCAUGUUUAGCAAGAUGUCAUUGCGACACUAUUGUUAAACGUGGUAAUAAAGUGACAAAAGAAGAAUUUAUUUAUGAUUUAAAAACUGUUUGUUCUCGUUCUGAUAUUUUUAUGGUAAUUUCUUUUUCGCGAGAAACCAUGCAACAAACUGGUGACGGUCAUUUUUCACCUGUUGGGGGAUAUAAUCCUGACAAAAAUAUGGUUCUUAUAUUGGAUACCGCCAGAUUCAAAUAUCCAUCAUACUUUUCUUCGGUUGAUUUAAUAUAUGAAGCUAUGCUUCCAUUGGAUAAAGAAACUAAUCUUUCACGAGGUUAUUUCCUUCUUUCUUCAUAUACAUCUCAAAAGGCCAUUUCCCUUUGUAAAUUGUCUCAAGAAGGAUUUAAUACGGUAGUAAAUUGGACUACCCUUGGGAAAACUUUUUGUAAAGAUAUUCCUGAUCGCUUAAUCACUGAAAGACCAAAAACUUUAGAGGAGGUGAUAAAGGUGGUUUUCAACGAUCCGUUUAUAAGGUCAUUACAAAAUGCUAUGCAACGUGAUGUUGAUAAGUCUACCAGUUUUGAAGGGAAACCGGAAUCUGGUGAAUAUUACCUUAGCUAUUUAGUCAACGAUAUUAUCAUGUCGCCUUUAUAUCCAGUUGUUGAAUCUGUAUUUAAGAAACAAUCGUCAUCUCCAACACAACUUAACGAAAAUCAGACAGCUUUCGUUACCCUUUUCCUGCUUUCAUUUCCCACCAAAUUAUUCACGAUUUUGUCUCCAGAAUUAGUAAUUGAAUUGGAACAAUAUCGUGGUCGUACUAAUAUGUCUUCAGAAUUAAAACGUGAGGUGGAAAAGGUAAAUGAAGAAAUUGUGGACUUGAUUGAGAAUUUUUGCACCUGUAUUGCAAUGUUAUAUUCAAUAGUUGUAUGGAAACAUAUUUCACUUCCUUUCUUUAUUCUAAGUUCGGUUUUCGUAUUUUUAUGUUUUACAACAGUGCAUAUCACAAAAGCCUUUUCAAUUUCAUGGGUUCACGAAGAUCUAUUAGCACAUCCACAGUAUAAAGUAUUUAUUUAUGAAAAUCAAUUAAUUCAAAAUAGUAGUUUAGAAAAGUUUGCGUUCGACGAUGUACAGACGGAAUCCAGUAAGGUUCCUACAUUAUCACAGUCAAGUUCAGAAGAUAAUGAGGAUUCAAAAUAUAUUUCAGUUAUAAUGCGUACAGCGACUAGACAGCCGUAUGUUUGUCAAAUACCUUAUAUUGCUAAUCAAACUUCGGAUGAAGAAAAUCCUGAAGAGAAUAGAGAAGAUGUUGACCUUAUGAGAAAAGGUUUAGCAUUAUUGGAACCAUUACAAAAUAAUUGUCUUUAUUAUAAUCAAGGAUGGUGGACUUAUGAAUAUUGUCAUCUAAGUCACGUUAAACAAUUUCAUCAAAUCAUUCGGCCUAACAUGAAACCUAUUGAAGAUAGAUCAGUAGCUUCAUUUUACUUAGGAAGAUAUGAUCCUCGUCAUGCAACUUUACCAUCUUCUUACAAGGAUAAGGAGGGCUCAAAGAAUUCUCAACAACAACUAGGUACAGAUUUACAAGCCGGUGGUGGUAAAAAAUAUUUGGUGCAAAGGUGGAGUGACGGAACAAAAUGCGAUUUGACGGGUAAACCUCGUAAAGUUGAAAUUCAGUUUCAUUGCAAUCCACAGUCCAAAGAUGGUAUUUCAGUAGUUACAGAAAUGUCUACAUGUUAUUAUCUUGUAGUUAUACACACACCAAGAUUAUGUAAUGAUCCUGCAUUCCUUAGCAAAAAUUUAAAUAAAGUUAAUCAUAUUGAAUGUAGAAGGGUCGUUUCAGAUGAAAGAUUUGAUCAAUAUACGGAUAAAGAACGAAAAAGUUUAGAAAGUGGAGAAAAUGAAGGGGUGAUGAGCAAAGAAAAAGAACGUAAUGAUGACGAAUUAAAUGAUCCUUCAGAUGAAGGAUCAAUUGAAGAAGAAAAUAAUAAUGCUAAAGGACAUCCAAUUCAAAUUUAUUUUAUGGAUGAAAAUGGACAAUGGACAUUAGUUGAUGGCAAUGAAGCUGUGUUAAAAAGAAAUGAAUAUGAGAAAGACGAACCUAGUUAUUCAGAUUAUCAACAUAUUUUGGAAAGUUUAAUUACGCAAAAUCUUCAAGUUCGUCCUAAUAAUCCUUUCAAAAGGAAAGACAAUUUUGAAUCAGAUUAUUAUCAACAAAGUCAUCAAGCAAAAUUGA